AUGGCGAAUCCCCAUUUUCAAUCUCUUUUCCAUUUUCUCAGCUUUACAGUUCUAGUAUGUCUGGUUUCGGUACAUUUCUGUACAGUUUCUUCAGUUGUUUUGGUUAAGUUGAGGAACCACAAGGAGCACCCCCACCAAAGACGCCCAAUGCUCUCAGCCAAUCAGAGUUCAUGCGCAUUGUUCUUGGGCACCUGGGUUCGGGACGAUAGUUAUCCAUUGUAUCAAUCUUCAUGUCAAUUCAUAGACGCACAGUUCAAUUGCCAAAUGUACGGCAGGCCCGACACUGAUUACCUCAAGUAUCGAUGGCAACCUGCUAAUUGCGAAAUCCAGAGAUUCAACGGCCUUGAUUUCUUAAUGAAAAUGAAAGGGAAAACUGUGAUGUUUGUGGGUGAUUCGCUGGGGCGUAAUCAAUGGCAGUCGUUGAUUUGCAUGAUAUCAGCUGGGAUUUCUUCGGGAUCACCUACGCAAAUCAGCAAAGGAUAUCCUCUCUCUACGGUCAAGUUCCAGGAGUAUGAUGUGACGGUGUCGUAUUACAAAGCUCUAUACCUUGUCGACAUUGAUAUCAUACAAGGGAAAAGAGUGCUCAAAUUAGAUGACAUAAGAGGGAAUGCUAAUGCUUGGAGGGGUGUAGAUGUGUUGUUGUUUGACACGGGUCAUUGGUGGACACACAAGGGACCACUCCAAGGAUGGGAUUAUAUGGAAUCAGAAGGGAGUUUUUACCAAGAUAUGGAUCCAUUAGUUGCUUUAGAGAAAGGGCUAAGGACAUGGGGAAGAUGGGUUGAUAGCAACAUUGACACCACCGUAACAAGAGUUUUCUUUCAGAGUUUUUCUCCCUCACAUUACAACUUGGGAGGCAGCCCGAGCGAAUGGAAUGCAGGGGCAGUAACAACCUCCAAGAGCUGUUAUGGUGAGACAACACCAAUGAGUGGUGGCAGUGCGACCUACACCGAGGGAUAUUCGGAUCAAAUGAGGGUGUUGGAAACAGUUAUAAGAGACAUGAACAACCCUCCCUUUCUACUUGACAUAACAUUGCUAUCAACAAUGAGAAAAGAUGCACAUCCCUCAAUCUACAGUGGAGAUCUCACCCCACAACAAAGGGCUAAUCCUGACCAUUCAGCUGCUGAUUGUAGUCAUUGGUGUCUCCCUGGAUUGCCAGAUACUUGGAAUCAACUCUUCUACACUGCUUUAUUCUUUUUACAUUAG